AUGCAAGACCAUAUUCCUGCUUGCUUCACUUCCGGUGAAAAACCAACCGAUGAUCCUACUGCAAUAACCAGAUCAGGACAGAGUGUGUUCAUGUCCGUUUAUCGUACAAAGAUAGCUGAUCAGUGCCGUCUGAUAACAGUAACAUGGUGUAAGAAUCUGUUGCUCCAUGGUUUAUCAGUAUCAGUGGACGGAGUUGAAGGUCAUGACAGUCAAUACACGUGCAAAGUUGAGCUAAAACCCUGGUAUUUCUGGAGAAAACAAGGCUAUAAAAGGUUCCUAGUUGAUGGAAAAUCAGUGGAUAUAUUCUGGGAUCUCAAGUCAGCAAAAUUCAACGGUGAAACUGAGCCUAUGUCUGAAUAUUACGUUGCUGUUGUGUGCGAUGAAGAGGUUGUUUUACUCCUCGGCGAUCUUAAAAAAGAUGCUUACAGAAAAACUGGGUGCAGACCAGCUUUAAUUGAUCCAAUCUUAGUUUCAAGAAAAGAACACAUAUUUGGUAAGAAAAAAUUCUGUACAAAAAUCAAGUUUCAUGAGAAGGGCAGGUUACACGAGAUCUCCAUUGAAUGCAAGAACAGAAACAUUACUAAUGGUCUGAGUAAUAAUGGAGUUGAGCCGGAGCUCGAGAUAAGAAUUGAUGGGCAUUUAGCAAUUCAUGUGAAGCAUCUUCAAUGGAAAUUUAGAGGUAAUCAGUCAUUUAAUCUGAAUAAACUAAGAGUUGAAGUAUAUUGGGAUGUUCAUGAUUGGUUAUUUAGUCCUGGUUUAAGACAUGCUUUGUUUAUCUUUAAGCCAUUAUUGACAUCACCUUUAUCAACUUCAUCGUCGUCGCCAUCUUCAUCACCGUUGUCUUGUGGUUCCAUAGAAGGAAUUAAUGGUGGGUCAGCUGAUUUUUGCUUGUUUUUGUAUGCUUGGAAAGUUGAAUAA